CCCCCACAUAUUCUCCGUCAUUUUCCCUGUCCACAGUAGCCUGCAGAUAUUUUCCGCCAUAUUGAAAACUUUGUCAGUAAGAAAAAGAUUUCACACUCCCUUCCACUGCACAAUAAUUCGACAUGAUAGCUAAGCGACGGUCGGAUCAAGGGGAUGCUCUGCUUGCAGAAUAAGGAAUAAGUCACUGAAAGUGUCUUGGGUUAAGUAAACUGAUAGCCAUAGAAGCUUAGCUAAGAAAAAUCGUUUUUCAGUCUAUCAAUUAACCGGUAUCGUUCAGUCCUUCAUCUGCUCCUGCAACUCUCCUUACUGUGUUAUUGGACAUCUUACCUAUGACUAUUUUUAUCAUGUUUCAAGUUUACUGAGCAACCUUUCCUUCAGUCAAAGUCUCAACGAUCUCAAUCAGAAAAUCUUUCUCAUUUAUAAUCUUCCUUUGAAUUUGGUGUGACCCUUUCCUUGUGCUGAAGACGAGAAGAUCUUGGAAAGUUUGUCCUGUGCUUCGUUUCCUUCCAUAACGCCACUGCCUUGCUGAUUACAGCUUAAUAUUCUUUAAAUGGUGGCCAGGCCCGCUAACGGAAAUAUGAGGGAGGCUUUAAUCAUCUCCUUCCUGUUUACUUAAGCGUGUCUUUAGGCGUUUUAGGGCACUGCUCAUUCGACUGAGAGUGAGAAAACGUACUCAGCAAUGACAGCCUCGAUUUCUUCAGAAUGGAUGCCAUUUUGACACAUGUAAAAACCUGGGAUCUAGUUCUGUGAAAAUCUUCGAGGCUUUCAUUCACCACCCUUCGAUCUACCGCUUCCAUCGCGCCUGGUAAAGGAAAACACGUUUAAAAUCCUUGAAAAGCAUCUUCACUUUUUGAAACAGAUGUCUUACGGUAUUUUUGCGGGCCGAAGAUGGGUCUAUAGCCGGCUGUUUUGACCGGCUACCAGCCCGUAUUGACAGCCCUGAAUUAUUUGAAAUUGUGAAAUCUCGGUAAAUGACGUGUUUGCUUUGAUUUUAAGUUUUCAUGAUUAGGAUUUAGUGAUUGUGGUUGCCACCACAGAUGUCAGAAGUGGUUAAGAAAAAGAUGUUGUUGAUUUAUUGGUGACGAAUGACACUACAAGGUAUACUCUCAUGAAUAAUAAACGAUAAAUGAAGUGAGACUUGAUGUCUCCCAAGAAUGACAGUAUAAGAGAUAUGUUCCAUCUUCAGAUUUUUAUAAGACAACAUGGUUUGAGUAGAAUUGGAAUACGGUUUUGCUUCCUUAAUAAUAAAUAAGCUAUUAGCUGUUUGGUUUCCAGUUAUGAAUAAGGUCUUGGGUGUGUUUCACCCCUGGCCGAAAAAGGUCAACUUUUAUAUCUUAAAGUUGGUUUAAAUUGGACUUUUAUCGUAUAAACGUUUAGAUUUACCUUAUACCUUACUCUAGAGCUCACACUUAUAGGCUUACAUUCCCUAUGACUUAAAGCUAUAAGAAAGUAUAUUUUCAGCAAAUGACUUUGAUGUAUGUAAUCAUAUUUCGUAAUCAGACCUAUCCCUUAUCAUAGUGAAACAAAUUGAAUGAUUGUGAAAAUGAUUAUUGAUGAGAAAACAUGCAUAAGCCAGCGCCGCAAAAAAAAAAGGAGUUUAGAAGAAGGCUAAAUCGGGCUAUCGCUAACAUGACAGAGAGGUUAUGACUGAAGGAACAGAACAAGUCUGGAACAUCAUAGCUGAUGUGAGUAAAACCAACUAAAUCAAAUAAUAAAAAUGUAAUUAUUCGUUGGAGGACCUCUGUUCGAAGCGUUUGCUACACCUCCUUUCACAACUGUAUAAACAAGCGAGUUCUCUUCACGUACCUUUGUUACUACGAUCAAGAAAAAGAAAAAUUAACAUGUUCAUAAUUAGCUAUCGUGAAUAUAAUUUACCUGACACUGGAUAACGUAUUUUCAAAGAGAACUAAGCUCGUGUCGUAGUUUCUGAAAAUAGAUUAAAGGUUAUAACCUUGCAUCGUCUUUCUUUAAAAUCAAAAAAAAACUGUUCAUUUGUAAAAUACUCAACAUAAAUACGACCAGAAGCGUAUCCUUCUAACACAACAAAAAGCAUGCUUUUGAGUUUGAUUGUUGUUGUUAUGAGGAGAGCCUGACUCUCUCCUCACAUAUAAAAUCCGUCCGGUCCUUUUGGCGUUUCAUGGGCAGGCGAGGAGUCUUAAAAGUUAAGCCGCAAUUCUUCAAGUUCUUCGUUUGUAAUCCGUGUUAAUCUUCGCUAUCCUUAACCAUGCUCGUUAAGUUUUGGGUUAUUAUUACAUCCUUGGUGUUUUUCUAACUUAGCCAAGUAUUACUUUGAGGUUUCCUUCCAUUUCAAGGUGAUUUUGUACAUCGCAAAAAAAAAAUGAUUCAAAACUCGUGGCAAUGCUCCUUUGACGUCCACGGGAAUUUUAUGAAGCUUUGUAAUAUGGCUGAUAAUCAAAGGCACACACUCUUUCACAUUGUAAACAAAGUGAGCUCUCCUCCUCCUUCUUAUGAUGAUCGAUGGUGAAUAAUUACUUUCACAGAGUUGAAAUGCCGGCUUUGAAAAAGAUCAAAGUCAUGACCCCUUUAAAAGAUCGAUAGCAAGAAGUGUGAAAUGGAGAAAGGGGAACUGGUUUAUUUUGACAUUUUUGGCUCGAUUUUUAAUAGUGUUUUGCACGCGUUUCCAUGAUGAAUGAAAUGUCUGUUACAAGAACUUGGGGUCCAAAUACACAAAGAGGCUUUCAACACUGGAGUGCGGUUUCAUAAGAACAUCUAAAAGGAAUCCCGCCGUAAAAGAUGUUAAGCUGUCUAAUAUCGGUUGUCAAUUAAAAUAACAAAGAAGGGUUGCUCUUGCAAAGCACUUAACCCAGUUUACAGCCUUAUAAUUACCAAGGGUUAUUCUUUAAUCCUAGCCACGGGUUGUAAAGAGAUGUUAUAUUUUGCUGGAGACUGCACUUUUAGUAAAAGCAGCGAGUGAAAAAACAGUCUACAGCUGUCCGCGGUUCCAGCCACAGUUGUCAAGCUUGUUCCAGGCUCAAGAGGCGAACCUUCAUUCGAGAGACGAAUUCUCAAAGCCGAGAGAGGAACAGAAGAACUAUGAUGGAGCAUUUUGACGUGGCAGUGUCAAACAACAGCAAUGUAAAUAUUUCACAAGACGACAGGGAUAUUUCUACCAAGUCAGACGCUGGUUUUAUUGUUAUUUUCGUUACGCUAUCCAUUCUUGGACUUUUCAUAAUUGGUAUCAACGCCCUGGUCAUUUAUCUGGUGCUGACCAGGGAAUAUCUCAAGACCGUCACCAACUUCUGCCUUGCAAGUCUGGCCGUAUCUGAUAUGCUCUCAGGGCUCUAUGCUGUACCGCUUAUUAUUACCUGUAAUUCUCGCGCUAGCACCAUUAAUAUCUGUAUAGCCAUGGACUUGGGUCUAAGAUUUCUAUCGAUAUCGACCGUGCUGCAUCUUCUAUUGAUUACAAUGGAGAGAUAUUUCACUAUAGUUUUCUCGGUAAUGAGAACUACCUCUGUUAUCUCCAAGAGAACCUGCCUGGCAGUUUUGGUGCUAGUCUGGGCACUCUCACUUUUCGCCUCACUCAUUCAGCUAUCAUUCAUCAACGAAAAAACGAAGGAACCCAGUGUAGACGAUAUCAUUUACGAUUUCAUUUGCCUUGCACUCUUCGUUGUGUUUCCUCUUGUAACUAUGGCAGUGGCGUACAUUCACAUUUUCUAUACCCUGAGGAAACACUGCAAGCGAAUCAAGCGGGACGUCUCACAUCUCUCUUCAGAAUGCAUGGAACACAAUGCAAAGAAGGAAAGGAAAGCACUGAUCAUCUACGGUGCAAUGAUCUGUGUCUUCAUCGUCGGAUGGUUCAACUAUUUUUUCAGAUCGUUGCAAGAGGAUUUAGGAAACGGAUAUGGGAUUCCCUUGUGGGCUGACGGCAUUCUGAUACCGUUACGGUUCUCCACCGGGUUUUUUAACCCAUUGCUGUACACGUUCCUCAAGCAGGACUUCAGACGAGCGAGAAAAUCCUUCCACUUCUUUGGCGGGAGAGAACGAACUUCGUCUUUUCAAAGAACAUCUUGGAGUGUUUCUUCUACCAGAAGGACCUAUCUUUUGUCUGUUUCAUCCGCCGAUCACGCGGCCUCCUCUGUUUGAUUCAGGUUAUUAGUUGGCACAUCGAUCAAUAACGUUUUUCCCGCAAAAAUAAACAUAAUCGCGAAAAGUUUUCCUGCGGCCCCUUUUUGUAAUGCUUUUCACGAACUUUGAACUUCGCCUAGGCUCGAUUUCCGCCGCUCUCUCGGGCCCGGUCGGCUGGUAAUCGAGCCUAAACUUUGCUGGAAGGCUAGGCUAGGCAAGGGUAUCUGGUAUUACAAUCUAGGGUACAAUGUAAACAUCAGUGACACUAGAAAUGUACGCCUGUAAUUAACAGAUGGAAGUUACCGUUCUGUACUAGUCCAUGGCAUGAACACAUAAGAGACUCUUCACGAGAAAGUUAAGGCCCCGAAAGAAUAUACACAUACACAAAUAUGAAAUUUGUAAAUAUUCGUAUGAUUUGAAGAGACUCACAUUUGUGAACGUGACAAUCGUGAUCUACAAUUAUAAAUUUGAUUUCAAUCAGAGUGGUUUGCACCAAUACUGCUCUUUUUAAAAAGAACAUUCUGUGUCUAUCACACAAUAAAGUACGUUAUGUAAAGUUACCUGUAGCCUCUGGGUAACUCACGCAAUCUCUGAUAUGGUGGUAGAGUCACGCAUUCCUGUAGGAAAGCCACAGUAUCAGGAUGUGAUAUCCUCUUCACACUAAAAUAUAUGAAUUAAGAAUGUAAUAAGAUUAAACAUACAAUUGUGAUCCAA